AUGGAUGCGAAAGGUUAUCUGAAUGUCAAUGACUUACGGAAAAUUUGGAAGGAAGAAUUUUUGCCUUGUAUUAAGCGUGAAUUGAAAAGCGAACUCGAAGCACUCAGAACAAGCAUUAAGACCUUGACAGCACGUGUUGACGGGAUAGAGAAAUCUCAGUCCUUUAUAUCGGAAAAGUACGAGUCUUUUCUAAAAACGCUCAAGUCAUUGAACCAAACGACAAACACGCCGGGGAAAAAGGAUGCUGAGCUGACAAAGAUCGCCUACAGCUUGGCCGAGCGAGCUAACCGUGUGGAGCAGGCAGUCUACAGAAUUGAUUGUGCAAUCGACGAAGUUCAACAAUACUCUCGAAGAGACUGUCUGGAAAUAACGGGCAUUCCAAUACUGCCGGAGGAAAGUCCAAAGCUGCUUAACUUAUCAAAGAGAUUGGUACUUUAA